AUGUCUCAGGAAUACCCUCCGGUCGAGACCUCUGCUGUUAACAAGGACUUUGGCCUAGAAUUUCCUGGGAACCAAUACGAUUUUGAAGCUCAACAUCAAACAGCAUCGGACGACGGAAGCGCACAAUGGAAUUCUAAUAGUGGCAUCACCAUGUUCACCUUUCGCGAAGACUGGGCCCCAAGAACAGAAGGCAGUGAUCUGGAUGAUGUUUUUGGGUACGGAAACAACAACGUUCAGCAUCAACAUAGCGCUACCCGAAGGACUGAACUGGCACUUGAGCAACUGGUAGCACAGCGUGUCCCAUACAUACCAGAUCCGCCUUAUCAGUUAUUCCAAGAGCCUACCAGCUUUGGGGGUGCCCAGAAAAACGCAUCCGAUGCGCGCGCUCAAGAUUAUCGGUGGUGUGCAACGCUCAAUCCGCAUGAACACACUCAAACUACUGAAAUUGCUUCAGCGCGAGGUGGUACCUGUGAAUUGGUGUUCCGUAGUCUUGCGGAGGCAAAGAAAGCCAUGCUUUCCCGCCAUCUCGAAAAAGCUUGGUUCGCGCCAAUUGGUGACAGUACAAUUCCGACUAAUGAUGAAGAACGAGCUACAUAUGUUGCCGAACUGUUGGACGCAAUGAAAGAUACUUCGGCAUGCUCAGACAAGCGCGAGACACCCGCGUUCAUGAGCCGCUGGACUCCUAAUGCUAUUAACGCGCCAAAUUCAACACAUAUGGAGAAGGUCUGUUGGCAGCUUGUUGAUGUCGCUGAACGUUUGCACAUCGAUGGUCCAGCGUCGCUUCCGAUCUAUGACAAGCUGGCGCUUGCAAUGGCCCGAAAAUCACGCUAUCUUACCUUUGGACAACGCAUGAGUCAUCUCAGUGCGCUGUUACGAUUAUCCAAGUACCGCUGUUUCUCGCUACUCAAGGUUGCAUCGCCAGCCCAGCGAUGUUCAGGCACCAUCGUAAACUGUGUACAAAACAGUAAGCGUCAAGAAUUUAUCAAGGAAGGACGACCGGUUUGGAAGGACAAGAACGGUGCAGCCAACAAAAAGAUACAAUCAGUGCCGGUGAACAACGACGAGUAUAUUAGCUCAGAGGUUUCGAGUUUGGACAUCGCAGUGGGCCAAGCGCACACUGAAGAUGCUCACCAGGAUAUACCAGUGUCUGUUCAUUCCCCCUCACCUGCGCCCACAACCGAUACACACCAUACUCAUAUUUUUUCUGUCAAUCAUAGAACAACUUCUUACCGAGACUCCCACCUGGACGAAAUUCAUGGCGACUCUGAGCAAGGUAAUAUUGUCACAGGACGGUACGAAGGCAACCGCCAUGUCAGUGACAGUUUGUACAAUGCCAGCCACACACCCCGCUCAAACCACGCAGGUGUUUGUUAUCUUCACCCUGGCGACGUUCCGAGUUCCUCCCAAGCACUGAAGCGCACUGCCAGAGAUGCACAACUCGAUAAAGAUUCAUGCCCACCUGCUCAGCGCCCACGCUUCGACUAUUUAGUUGAUCGCUCAUAUCAGGUAUAG